AUGUUCAAGAGGAAUCAUCGACGUUAUCAGCUUACGUGGAAAGGGCCAACUCUUCUGACGCCUGAAGAGCAUCACAAGCAGAAAAUAAGAACUCUCCAACUUCAUCUCGACUACGUCCUGAUAAAGAAUACUCCGACAAGAGCUCAGAAAUCUAAACCUGUCCAGGACGCCGCAUUCGACUCUGACUACCUUCCGAUUCUUCUCGGCUUCAAAAUACGGUUCACAAGGGAAACCGAGAAGUUCCUCUUCAACCGAAAAUCGACACGGCAGGUCCGAAAGAAAAAGAACACAGAACGAAUUUUCAUCAACGAUGUGUUUAUUAAUGUUGCAGUACGGACCACGAAGAAGCUUUGCGAUGCAGAUUCUUUCAAAAAGUGUAUUCAGUACACUACAAGCUCGUGGUUUCAAGAGGAAGGAGUUUACUUUUGCAUCUAA